AUGGAUGUGAACAUGGAGGAAUUCGUAGACUGGAGAGGUAGGAGGGUAGAGGAAGAGUCACAACGGAAUGGCACUAUUGCAGCAACUUUUGUAUGUGUGACAGAAGCCUUGGAGAAUAUGGUGUUUUCUUCAAAUGCCACAAAUCUGGUGACGUUUUUGCAAUCAUCGAUGCAUUAUUCUGGUCCCGCCGCUGCUAACAUGGUGACCAACUACAUGGCCAUUACGUAUCUUCUUUCUCUGUUUGGUGGUUUUGUCUCAGACUCCUUCCUCACCAGGUUUUGGAGUGUCAUGCUUUUUGGUACAACUGAAUUAGUGGGGUUGGUUCUGUUGAUGGUGCAAAACGACGUGAAUUCGCUGCAUCCAGGGAAUAAUGGAAGGAAGCCAUCGGUUGGGCACACAGCAAUGCUGUAUGUGGGACUGUAUACGAUGGCAGUGGGGGCCGGCGGAGUGAAGGCAGCACUCCCAGCACAUGGUGCCGAUCAGUUCGAGCACAAUGAGCUUCAAGUGUCCACGUAUUUCAACUCCUUCUUCUUCUCAUUGUGUGCCGGGGGCUUGGUUGCUGUGACUGUUGUGGUGUGGGUGCAAGAAAACCGUGGUUGGGAGUGGGGUUUUGCUAUUGCCACAGCCGCCCUCUGCCUUGCCCUGCUCCUCUUCUCUUCGGGUUUGCCCUUUUAUAGGCACAAGCGACCAGGAGGAAGCCCCUUCACCAGAAUAUUUCAAGUGUUGGUGUUGGCAUAUCAGAAUCGGAACUGCUCGUUCGCGCUUGAAGAAUGCAGGAAUGAUUUGGAUCCGAAGUCUCGGAAUCACUUCAGGGUUUUAGACAAGGCAGCUCUGAGGGGUUGCAACAUGCAGCAAGUGGAGGAGACAAAGAAAUUCCUGAGACUCAUACCAAUUUUCUUGUGCACCAUUGCCUUAAACUGCUGCCUCGCCCAGCUCCAAACUCUAUCAGUGGAACAAGGCAAAACAAUGGACACAAGAAUCACCCACAAUUUCAAAUUUCCUGUAGCAUCCCUCUACGCUAUACCUAUAAUAUUCAUGCUCAUUGCUGUCCCUUUUUUUCAUCGAAUCCUUGGAUCUCGGCUAUCCCCUUUGCAAAGGAUAGGUGUUGGCCUAGGACUAGCCUCUUUCUCUAUGGCGGUGGCAGCAAUUGUGGAGGUCAAGCGCAAGGCAGCUGCUAAGGCUGCAGGCAUAGUUGAUGCAUCUCAGGGCCUAGUGCCAAUGUCGGUAUUGUGGCUAGGAUGUCAAUUUUUGUUAUUGGGCAUUUCAGAUAUGUUCACCUUAGCAGGAAUGCUCGAAUUCUUCUAUCAGGAAGCACCUGUGCAUAUGAGGAGCCUCUGCACCACAAUGUCAUGGUGCUCCUCCGCUCUCGGCUACUUCCUCAGCUCUGUGCUAGUCUCCCUUUCCAACCUUAUUGGCUCGUGGCUACCAACUGGGGAGUGGAUCGCAUCCCAGAAUCUCAAUGCUGGCCAUCUUGAGCUUUUCUAUGCUAUGCUGGCCAUUCUCAACUUGCUCAAUUUCUUCCAUUAUAUUUUUUGGGCGAAAUGGUACUAA